UCCUACGUCAUUGGGGGCGUCACCUUCCUAAGAUCUCCUCAACUUCUCAGCUUUCUUCAUUUCUGAUUCUGCACUUCCUAUGAAAGGUAAACAAAUGGAACACCGGAGACCAAGCUGUCAAAAUACCCAAGAUGUAAUCCGAAAACGGGCAUUUAAAGGACCGAAAUGCCUGGACAGAAACGAAAAUACAACGUGCGCUUUCCUCCUGGUCGCAUUAAGAAAAUCAUGCAGAAAGAUACAGAGGUUGGGAGAAUGGCCACUGCCGUUCCAGUUAUCAUCUCUAAAGCUUUGGAAAUGUUCUUGAUAUCAUUCCUCACCAAGACGAGCUUUAUCACCCAGUCGAAGAACAGUAGAGUCAUGUCCGUCAACCACAUGAAGCAGUGCAUUGAGUCUGAGAAGCUGUUUGACUUCCUGAAGGACCUUGCAGAACAGGCCUGUGGAGCAUCAACACCUAAAGAGGGUAAACCCAAGGGGAAAUGUCCAGGGCACAGAAGAAAGUGGCAUAACAUGUCGAUCAUUCCAAAGUCCCCUGAGAAAGAAGAGCUGCCCAAAAGGACCAACACUGAGCCACCAAUCCGCAGUGACUCGUCUAGUGAGUCUGAGCUUGUUAUCUGCUUGGAGACCCAGUCGCCUUGAUAAUGGCUGCUGGAAUACAUUCUCUGUAGCUCCUACUAUCCACCUGACUGAAAACUGCAGCAAUAUUUAUGAAGACCCAACAAAAGUUUUUCUUUUAAUAUUUCCCUGAGAAAUCAUUUUAAUUUGUACAUUUGUUUUUGGUACAGAGGCAGAAUUAAAAAGUGGAACUAAAACACCCUAGUUGUUUAGAAGAAUUUGAUCUUGAACAAAAGGUUUUGUACAUCAGUAAAUUAAGAAAAUUAAGAAUGUGCAUGUGAGUGUCUUUAGUAAGUUUUAGACCCCUUUAUACUGAAAAAGGACUUUAUGUUUAUUCUGUGAGGUUGAUAUUUUCUACUACUGUCUCAUUUUCCUUUUUUUCUGUUGGAUUCAUAACUGUUGUAUUGGCCGGCCAGAAGCUUCUUAAAAGUUAGUCAAACAAUCAAUUUUAAGUUGUGGGUUAGAUGCAUUGACAAUAUGAUGGACACCAUAAAUUUAGAGAACUACUUUGAGUAAUUAUUCAACAGCAUUACCAAUGAUCUGUCUAGAAGAGAGAUUAGUUAAGAUGCACAGUUAAAGAAAACAAUGGCUGUAUUUUAUAGCUGCAUAUGUCCUUUGUCACAUUUUAAAACUGAAAGUAAUGAUGUGGAUGUUAGAUGACUUUGAAAACGUUCCUGCUUUCAACUAACAUUAGUGAUUACCAACACUAAAAAAUCAAAACAGAGGAAAGAUACAUUAAGACACAAAGAUUUCACACUGGGGAUUGUAAAAUAAAUGCAUGAAAUGUCUUGAUGAUGCAACGACAAUUUUAUUUUAAGAAAGUGAAUGAAACAGUCACUUGUUUAGAAAUUGUGAUGCUGCAGUAAAAUAAAUAAAAUCAGACUUAUGUAAA